GCUACUCAUUAUGGAUCGACGCCUUAUGACACUGGCCGUGGCCAUGGUGCUGGUUUAUGUUGGCCCGAGGGCGACUGUAGUUGGCGUUGCUACUCCCCCACAGCUUGAAGCAAGGUUGGCACCUCAUUUAGUCACAGAACCGUUGCCAGCAGGACCAGGCAUACUUGAUAAUUCCACGUGUGGGGGACACGGCGAUGUAUAUUACAACACUCUAGAUAACAGAACCUUCACUUAUCCUUCUCCUGUUGAAAAAUACGGCGUUAUGAUCCUUCCUUGGAUAGGAAAUCCGUGGUGGGUGAUGACUGAGCACGAGUUACAUGGUGCACCAAAUGCCACGCGCAUCAAAGAAGUAUACGUGAAGUGUCCAACUGACAUCUACUUUAGGGCCACAUUGGGGGGGCGUGUCAACUUAUAUUAUUGGGAUGGCGCUGCAUGGGUUCCAAUCGCUACCGCAGGCCUACCAGCUAAUUUCCCCCCUCCAGAUGGGACCGCGUGGGUUUAUGGUACACCGAAGUAUUUCAAGAUAGAUUGCAAUAUGGCCCCAUACAUGUUCGUCACUGUCUAUCGGCACAGAGUUGUCAUACACGCGCACGGCGAGUGGGCCGUCGGUGGCCCUUAUGCAGUACGUGGUAUUUGCGCGGACUUCAAUGGCAACCCGGGCAACGACUGUGUUGAUUUGGAGGCACCUCCUCCUCUUCCGGCCUGGAAACCUUUCUUAAUUUGAAUCUGGGACAAAUAAUAAGUUCGAAUGUUGACGAUGAUAACGAAUACAUGAACAAGGACAAACGAAACAUGAAAAAGGACAGUGUAGGUAAAUAAACACAACAAACCGGACUUAAACUCACAAGAAUAGGGACAAUGAACGCUGAAAAUGAGAAACUCGAACUGCAAUUUCACUUGUUUUACUUAACUGAUUCUUGGAUCUUUAUGGGUUCUUUUUCAUGCUAUGAUACUUAUACAUAUAUUCAUUUUAGUAGUAGACAGGUUGCUUAUGGCAAAUUAUUUGUUGGGCAUAUAAUGUAUGUGGCUGUGUAAUAUCUUAUUUUUCCAUAACAUAUGUAUUGAAAUGUAGACUAAAUUAGUAUUCGCAUUUGAUAUAUUACAGUGAUUCAAAUUAAAACAAUUUUUUCCAGUUAAACAACUUUGAACGGACAGAAUAUUUGUGCUAAGUAAACGUGAUAUUUGGAGGCACUGUUUUCAAAUUUGGAAUUCUUUAAGGGAGCGACUUGAUAGAAAAUAGUGUACAUUUUUAGGUCUCAAUUAUUUACCUUGGUAUAUACAUAUGUAUUUAUUAGUCUUAAGCAGUUUACCUAAGCUUCAUUCUGCUCGCCAUAUUAAUAUUGGAUUUUGAUUAGAAUGAUUAUUAAGUUAUUAGUUAUAGAGAAGGUUUAUUUUUGUCCUGAUCCACAUUAUUUUACCAAGGCAGGGUGUUUAUGUGUGUAUUAUUACGGUGAAGACAUAUACGAGGUUGUGGUGGUAUUUUCAAACUUUAACUUAAUUAUUGUUCUUUUAUAAUAUAUAUGAGGGAUUUAAGUUAAUUGAAAUUGAAAUUUCAUUCAAAUGUGUUAAGUGAAAGGGUUAGAGAGAUAUUCUAAAGUUCUGUUUGCAUAUUUCAAAUAUACA